UCAGUGCGUGAUCGGCGCUCAAACCUGCAACUUGUGCCCCCGGAAAAAAGUGGCAGACAGACAGCGCGAUAGUGCGAGAGUCGGGCGAUUAUACGCAUGUCGGUACAAUAGUAAUUCUCUACGGAGCAAUAAAUAAUCAGCCCGGUCGUGUUAGUGAUAAGAACAAGUUCCACAAUAUCAACCGAAAAUCGGCCUAUUUGGAGUAUUUAAAGAGCACUCUCUUAACCAUGCAGCCAGUUCUGGAAGUGAGCAUUUACACCCUGCUGAAGAUGGCGUUCAUUUGGCAGCUGAUCUCGGCGGCCAUCUACCUCGUAGGACUGCUCACCAUCGGUGUGUUUCUGUACGACAACCUGAAGUCAUUGGUCAGCAUAAUCAAGGCCGUCCUGGAACCCUACUUCCAGCCCCACUUGCCAAGGACAUUGGUGGAUAAGUUCGGACAGUGGGCAGUGGUGACUGGAGCCACCGAUGGCAUUGGCAAGGAGUACGCCAGGGAGCUGGCUCGCCAGGGUAUCAACCUGGUGCUCAUCUCGCGGACGAAGGAGAAGCUCAUUGCGGUUACCAAUGAGAUUGAGAGCCAGUACAAAGUGAAGACCAAGUGGAUUGCAGCGGAUUUCGCCAAGGGACGUGAGGUGUACGAUCAGAUCGAAAAGGAACUGGCGGGCAUAGACGUUGGCAUUUUGGUCAACAACGUGGGCAUGAUGUAUGAGCACCCCGAGAGUCUGGACCUGGUCUCAGAGGAUCUUCUUUGGAACCUUCUUACCGUCAACAUGGGAUCGGUUACCAUGCUCACCCGCAAGAUCCUGCCCCAGAUGAUUGGUCGCCGAAAGGGCGCCAUUGUCAAUCUGGGAUCCUCCUCUGAGCUCCAGCCACUGCCCAACAUGACCGUCUAUGCUGCGAGCAAGAAGUUUGUCACCUACUUCUCCAAGGCCCUGGAACUGGAGGUGGCGGAGCACAAUAUCCACGUGCAGCUGGUGAUGCCCAACUUUGUGGUGACCAAAAUGAAUGCCUACACCGAUCGGGUAAUGCAGGGAGGUCUGUUUUUCCCGAACGCAUACACUUUUGCCCGGUCCGCCGUAUUUACACUGGGAAAAACGAGCGAGACCAACGGUUUCUGGACCCAUGGCAUUCAGUAUGCCAUUAUGAAAUUGGCUCCCCUGCCGAUCCGCACAUACUUGGGACACCAACUGUUCAAACGACUGAGAAUCGAGGCCCUCGAGCAAAAGCAAAAGAAACUGAAGCUUACUUAGGUUGUUAAGCUAGGUUAGGAGUCAUGUAAAUAUUUGGUUCUUAGUCAUAAGGCUUAAACUAUUAACUAGAAAAAAAAAAAAACACACAAAGCCAUGAAAAAAUACAAAAUAUAAAACAACAGAUAAAACAAAAGAUAAAAGGCACAUUCGCAAAACCGGCUGGCUAAAUCAAUUCCCAAAAUGCACUGCCGGAUUGCAUAAGAGCUGCAAUUUGGCCAAGGAGUGGAGGGGGUUGGCUUUCGGACGGUUUUAGCCGUGAAACCGGUUGGCCAGCGCGCGAAACUACUGACCGACAAAAUGGCAAAGUGGCCAACUGCAGUCGGAAGCCGCCAGAAGACCAGCGAUGACUGGGUAUCCGCAUCAUUGCUCGCACUUUUAGCUUGUAUUAUAGACUGUAUAGCCGUUACUCGUAGAAAAAAAGGGUGUACUAGAUUCGUUUUUUAACAGAUAGUAGCAGUUGAUCUAGUCAUGUUCGUCUGCCCGUCCGUAUAAACACUGUAAACUAUAAAACCUUAAAAGUUAAGAACAACCAUGUAGUGCCUUUGCUUCAGAGGAUUGCCACGCCCACGGGCCACCCAAAACUGUGACGUCUACACUUAUGAAAAGUGUUUUUUGUAAUAUUAUUAUUUGCAUUGAAAAUGUCUAAAGAUAUGCCCAAAACAUUUCGAAACAAGUUCUCUAGCUGAGUAACAGGUAUUUCAAAGUCGACUAUACCGUUCAUUUAUGUUUUGUUUGUUUUUUUAACUUGUUGUCCAGUUGUUAAAGGCCUCAAUUUGCACAUGCAUAUGCCACAUGCAAAUAAAGAUAAAGUACUUUUAAGAUCUCUCGAAGAACUGCACACAAAUACAUGAAUUUAAAUUUUGAAUGGAAACUUAGACUAUGCAAGUUAAAUUACACCUUUCUGUCGGCAGAAGUUUUAAUUGGGUCCACU